UUCCGAUUGACAGUUAUUGACAGUUCGUAAUUUACUAUAGAAUUUUUUUUUUUCACAAGAGAGUAUGUCAGAAAAUUUACAAAAAAGGCCCGCAAAGGGCAUAUUAAAAAAUUCCAGUAGUUUCGAUAAGCAGGAACAAGCGCCGUCAGCCAAAAGAACAAAAGAAACAAAAUGGGAUGAAAUGAACAUUAUCGCCACAUACCAUCCUCCAGGAAAAGACUAUGGGCACAUGAAAAUUGAUGAACCGAAAACCCCAUAUAAUUAUGAUGUAGAUAUGCUAGAUAAUGUUGACGGACUCAAUCCUGAAGAUUUGGCUAAAAGGAUGCAAAUAGCAGCAGAAAAGCCACCAAAGGUCCUAGAACCCGAAUCGGAUAGUUCAGACGAAGAAGAACAACUAACGGAGGAGGAAAAAUCGAAACGGAGAGAGUUUGAACUAAAAAGAAAAAAGCACUACAAUGAAUUCCAUGCACUGCAGUUGGCCAAGAAACUCCUUGAAGAAGAGGAGGAUGACGACGAAGUGGAGGGAGGCAGCUCAGACAAAAGUAACAAAAGCGAUAAAGUCUAAUUAAAGUUAAGUAUGUAAAUUAGACGGUCAUCAAAAUAUAUUGUACGAACGGUUUUCCAAGCAUUAAAUGCUUGUAUGUCAGACUAA